GAGGAAGUUAGCCACCGCAAUAUUUAAUGGUUGGAGAUGGAUUCUGUGAUAGAAAAGUGUACAUCUGAGAAAAAUACUCAAGAUAACUGGGAUCUUAUUUUAGAAAUUUGUGAAAAAUAUGCCAGCAAAGAGCCAAAAGCUUGUGUUAAAACGAUAUGUAAGCGGAUUUUCCAUAAGAAUCCAAAUGUUUCAAUCAGAGCUAUAACAUUAUUAGAUGCAUGUUCCCAAAACUGUGGCAAGAAUUUCAACAGAGAAUUAUCUUCCAAAGAUUUUUCUCAGUCAAUAAAGAAGAGUUUUUCGAGUUUGCAACGUAUACCAAGUCUCCAAUUAAUUAAAGUGUUUAAAAAAUGGGCGAAUGAAUUCAAAAGUGACUCAGAAUUAGCGCUAGCAGCUAGUCUUUAUGAUUGGGUUAAAAACGAGUACGUAGACCUUGUUAAACAGGCAAUGGAUGAAAAACAGAUGGCUGAACACGGUCCCUCACGUCGACUCGUUUCUCAGUUGCAGGCCAAGGAGGAAGAGGAUUUAGCACAAGCGAUUGCAUUGUCAUUGAAAGAUACUAGCUCCUCUGUGUCUUCCAACCUCAACCCUCGACCCAUUUCUAGUUCAAAUGAGAUAUCUAGUUUAUAUCCUCGUUCUCAACUGCUUUUCGAUUCAACUUCAAGUUUUUUAACAUCAUCAAACACCUCUAAACCGGUUAAUCAUCCUUCUAAAGGCUAUGUGAGAGCUGUGUACGAUUUUGAAGCAGCUGAAGAUAAUGAGUUGACAUUUAAAGCUGGAGAUAUAAUUCUACUCUUGGAUGAUUCUGAUGAAAAUUGGUGGCUUGGAAGCUGUAAUAAUAAUAAAGGAUUAUUUCCUGCUCAAUUUGUAAAACGUGAAAAAGAUAUGGAUGAAACAAAAAUUCUACAAUCAAAUUUCAAUGAAGUUAAUCAAAAAACUAAUGUAAAAAAUGAACUAAACAAUAUAAAAAUUAUCCCUAAAUUAGAUGAGAGAAAAAUUGAUGAGUGUUUACGUCUAAUCACAACUGUUGAUCCAACUGGAGAAUUUUGUCAAGAUCCACCAGAAUUAAGACAACUUGAAGCGGAAUGUUUAGCAAUGCUUCCACUUGUCGAUCCAGAACUGAAAUCAGUUGAUAAAAAACUUAUUAUGCUGACAGAAUUGAAUCAACGUCUACUAGAUGCUUUUCAAUUAUAUCAUAAUAUAAUGUCACAUCAGAAUGCGGCAACUGCUUAUUAUGCUGGAGUAUCGAAUGCAAACCUAAUGAAAUCAUACUUACCUAAUAGUGUAAAUGUAUUUCCUUAUUCACAACCGAUAUCGAUGCCUGGCGUUUACGUACCCUCUAAUUUGCCUACGAUUCCUGCAAAUGGAUCCAAUGUACCCGCUGAGUCAAAUGGAUCUAUGAUGGUUCCCCCAAGUGACACGUAUUCUGUACAAAGUGGUAUAUACGCAAACCCACAAACUGAUAACUGUAGUGGUAAUAUUUUGCAGAACGUUCAGGCUCAUGCGGUUCCCCAGUUUACCUUACAGCCGUUUUAUGGUCCGAAUCAAGCAGUAUCUGAUGUCACACAACAAAUGCAGUCAUAUCCAUCUGUUAGUAACCAUUAUGGAAUUUCAACGUAUUCAAUAACUGAGCCGAAAGUCAAUGUAUAUCCGGAUCAGCAAAGUAUGCAUACACCACAAUAGCUUUAAAUCUUUCAUAUACACAUUCAUUUUUCGUUUCAAACAUAAAAUGAAAAUUUUCUUUUGUUUUACUUUAUCGAAUGUCAUAUUUUACACAUAGUUGAUUACUGGAAUAUUAUGAUCAUUUAAAAAUGUAGAUCAUAUGUGUAUCCUUCUAGUGUGUGUGUGUGUGUGUGUGUGUGUGUGUGUGUGUGUGUGUGUGUGUGCAUAUGCAUCAUUGACCACUAAGAAUCUGUGAUUUUCAAUUAAUUUUCUUAUUUUCAAUGAAACCAACUGCACAAUUAGUAUUCUCCCAUUACUUUAUUUCUUUCCACUAUUACAAAAAGAAGUUAUACUAAUGAAAAUGAUAAUGAUGAACAAAGUGAAAAAGUCGUCAUUACUCAAAAAAAAAGGGGGGGGGAAAGGAAUUACACUAAGUAUUGAUCAAAUGUUGCAAUCGUAUCAUAAAUGUUGUUUUUACAAAAAUCAUUUGUAUUCACCCUUUAGGUACAUUCUUCUCUAAGCUUUUUAGAAUCCAUUCUGUUACUCUAUUUAAAAUGCUCACCGAUCGACUUUUUGAAUUGAUGACUUCUAUGGAAUACGCUACAGUAUAUACUAUGUCAAUGAAUUCUUAUUAAUAGCUCAGAUGACAGUACAUAACCAUUUUUAAUGCCUUUUAAUACAAUUAGAUAUUGUUGAAU